CUCGUUCAUUCAUUCCGUGCUGUGUCGGUGUGCCUGCCUGCCUGCUUGCCUGCAGAUAUGUGUGUGAUGAGGCGACUUCGGUCGUAGCCGAACGAAGAGAAUAGAAACGAAGGAAAAGGAGAAACGGAAAAGAAAGAAGAAACCUUAGAGGGCGAGGCCGCCGAAGGCGGCCGAGCCCAGGCUUCGACUGCACAAGGGGACACGGCUCGAUUGAACCUCAGGUUGCGCAAGUUGGGCGGCUGGAUGGUGAAGUUGAUGCGUGGCAGCACAAAGGUGUUCUACUGUGAGCUGCCUCCCCCGACCUUCUGCACCUCGAUCAUGCUGCUGCCUCGCGGCCCCUUGUAGAUGACCUUCUCGUUGUUGGACAGCCCGUAGCGCCAAGACAUGUUGCGCAGCACCAGGCAUACCACGCCUCGCUUGAGCUGCAGAGUGUGGGGCGGCUUGGGGGACUCGUUCUGACCCGCGAGGAAGUCCUCGUCAUGGUGGCCUGCCUGGUAGUCCUCCUCAAGAUAGCGCUCGCGAGCGACAUGCGUGCAGAGCUGGCCGUCCAUGCGGUCGAUGAUAGUGUUGUUGAUGGCGUCCACUGCCUCAUUCGUCGGACACAGGAUGGCUCGGCUGGCGCAUGCUCGAGGAUCACGCUCGUAGAGCCGGUCAGGGAAUGCGAACUCGAUGGCGUCCUCCUGGCUGUGGGAGUGUUGCUGAUCGAGCUCGAUCCAGUCGGAGGCGUCUUCGGGGCGCAGGGAGGGGUCCUUCUCAACGAAUGAAUCUGCACGAAACGUCGCUGGCGCCCGUCGCCCACCUGAAGAGACACGCAUACAGGCAGACCCAGACACAUGCACCAUGCGAUGUACACACACAUGUCCGGAUGCGGUACCUUGAGGCACAUGUUCGUGUAUGCGGUGUCAUUCUUUGAGCGCAUGAUCUGCUUCAACUCACGCACAAUGAACUCGUCGUACAGGUCAGACGACCGCAAAGACGCGUGGAAGAUUGUUGUCUCGUUGCAGUCCUCGUGUCGCGGCAGCACGAGCGGGAGCUGCCGGAAGUCGCCCGCACAAACGAAGACCUUGCCGCCGAACGGCAGAUUGCAUUCCAUGAUGUCUUGCAGCAUAAGGUCGACCGCUUCGAUACACUUCCGGUGCGCCAUGCUGCAGGAAGGGAUGGAUGGAUGGAUGCAAACGAAGAGACUGGACGCGUUAUGAUGUGCGGCCCCGAACCUACCUGAUCUCGUCCCACACGAUGACCUUGGCCUUUCGCAGCAGGUCGGCCUUCUGCGAAGUUCUGCUCACUGUGCAGCGCAGGUUCUCCUUCAUUAUGUCGUCCACCACGGGGAUCUUAUGCAGGCCGUGAGCAGUGUGUCCACCGACAUAGUUGAGAGCCGCGAGUGCAGUGGUUGCGGAGGCGAGGGCGAUGUCGCCGCGGCUGCGCACGGCCGAGAGCACGCAGCGCAGAACAGUCGUCUUCCCCGCACCACCUGACCGGUCGCAGACACAGGAGGAACGAUGAGCGAUGCUUGCCUGCAUGGAACCAUUUGUGUACCUGGCGCCUUGAUGAGCAGACAAAAAGGCUCCGGGCUGUCACCGUUGCGGGGGUAGAUGUGGGCCAUGAUGUCCUCAAACACUUCCUUCUGCUCGGCGACCUUCUCGACCAUGUCAUGCACCCUGUCGUAGCUUUGCCUGAUAGUGGUGAGGCUGCCGUAGCUCUUGCGCUCGGUUUGCUCUUCAGCAGGGAUGUGCUGUGGCUCUGGCGGGCCGCAUUCUGUGUUGGUCAUGCCGCACUCCUGGAGGUCCUCACAGAUCUCCCGUAACAGGCGCUCGUAAGCUGCCUCAGGAUCGUCGACUUCCUCGUAAUCGUCCACCAUAAACUCGCGGUACUUCUCCAAGAUGUCGGCGGCGGCACACUCGUGGUUGAGGAUCAGCACGACGAAUAAGAAGCGCAGCUGAUAGGGCAGGACAGCUUGCUCUUCGACGGCCUCUCUCAUGACGUUCUCGACGUAGGUCUGCCCCUCCAGUAGCCCUGCUGCCUUCGCAGCUUGGCUGAAGGUUGAGUAGCAGGUCCCAUCGAUAGUGCGAAUCGCCUGAGAGACACAUUGAAGACACACAGCAACGAUCGAACCAUCGCUGCCAUAUGCAUACUCUGUGUCUCCGCCACUUACCUCAAAGCUCCCCUUUGCCUGAGAGCCCUUCAGAAGCAGUCGAAGGUAGUAGCGCUCUCCCUGCAUCGCGAAGGCGCUCUGCAGCCGCGUGCAGUGCUGUUCCCAGCGCCGCCGCUGAUAAAAGCCGUGGCCCGUCUUGGUGCGCAUCUCACGGGCUGUCGCCGACUCGUGGGCAUCAGCAUUCUCGCCCGCCAUAUCCGCUUCUUGUGGGUCUCGAGCUCGGUCCUUCUUCAUCGCAAAGCGACGGAAGAACUGCUGAUAAGUCAUCUGAUCGAAGUCCACGUCCUCAUUGUUGAUUCUCCUGGUGGCGUCCGGCCGAUUCAGCCAGUGAUCGAUCAUGCUGAGGCCGGGCAUGAAGACCCGCCCCGUCUCGCCUCGCCCCGACACUCGUUGAACGACUGGUCGCUCGGCCGGGAGGUAAACGAGCAGCGUCGUCACGGACGGCUGAGUCCAGUGGAUCUGAUGGCCGAAGAUGCGGUGGCACGCCUCGCUGGCACAAAGGACGCGGCCCUGCUGGUAGUCGCGGAUCUCGUCUCGUUGUUGCUCUUGCGCUGGAUGUGCAGUCUGGUGGUUGGUGAGGAGCGACGCCACCUGUUGCCGGCGUCGCUUCUUCUGCUGCUCGGAUUCGGAAGCCUCGCCGGCAUCCGCCUUGGCCGCUCGCUGCUUGCGCUUCUUCUCGUGCUCCACGCUGAUGAGAAAGGCGCUCUUCUCGGGCUUGUACAUGUACUUAUACCUGCAGACCGACACACGCAAGCAGCAGCAGAGAAGCCACUCCAAUGUGGGUUUCUCUCUUGGCUUGUUGUCUCACUGUCUGCGUUGUCUCUGCCUGCGUACAUGUAGCUGAUGACAUUCGUAGAGGCAGCGCAGUCGACGUACAAAUGACAGUUGAACUCGGCAAGCAGCUCGGGGGAGUACGGUGGCACCCACCUAUCCUCCUCGUGGCGUCGCCGGUACACGCAACGGCCUCGCCCGUCGAAGUGCGUCUCGUCGCAGAGCGGCUGAGGGAAGCCGUACUUGCACCGCUCGGCCACUGGCUCGUUCGCAUUCCUGCAGCGGUGAUACUCGCGCAGGCUCGCCUCGUCCCUGCAUCGCGCGCUGCACUUGUGGACCAUGAAGCUCUCCACGAGCUUCCUGAGCUGCGGAUUAUGCCGAGGCAUCUCGCCGCAGACGAACUUGUCCACAUCAGCACCGCAGCUCGGGUGCUCUUCAUUGCGCACGCUGAUGUGCGCGUGGCUGAGCCCUCGCUUCUGGUACUCGAUCACAGCCAUCAGAUAGAGAGCUCGGCUGAGGGGGCCGUCCCGGAGACGCUGCAGCAGCGAGCGUAGCUUGAGGUGGAAGACACGACUGGUCAAGUCGGGGCGAUCAUACGCUGUUUGCCCUGCGCAGCCACAGCCAGCCGAACGCACAUAGGCAUUGAUCCAUGCAAGUAAGCCGCCGGAUUGUGUCUCCCUCACUCACUGCCACACUUACCCGAUUGAAGCUUCUCCUGGAUCUCGGGCCAGUUGCCAUUGCAUGUGAUGAUGAUGAACCACGACGGCUUGCCGUACUGCGCAACGAUAGCAAAGGCGUCCUGACAGAGUCGCUUGUAAUACCGCUCGCUGCCCACGAAGCUGCCUGGCAGCAGAACAAAGCCUCCCUUGGCCUGCUCCGUCACAUCCACCCCAUCACAUUCGAAGUCAUCCUGCAU